UACGUUCCAACAUGGCGGUUCAUUGUGUUGAGCAGCUGGGAAGUUAGAGAAAUGUUAUGUUAAAUAAACAAGACAUUAUCGAAGCAAAGUGGCCUUUCGACGUAUUUAGUUAUUAAGAGGCUCUAUGUGCAACAACAUGCCUUGUUGUUUGCGCUUCCUUUUGUUUACGAUUGAAAACUUAAUUCAAUGUAGUCAGCAUGCUAGCCUUUGAGCUAGGUUGGCUAACGGUAGGAUAGGUUGGAGACUAGUCCUUUUAUUAAUAUAGUUUCAUCUUCAAAUUAUAGCAAUGUUGGGGUUUCUUACUGCCAGGCAGGCUGGUGUGGAUGAUCCUCUGCGACUGAGGCGUGCAGAGUCAACGCGGAGGGUCCUGGGUCUGAAGUUGAAUCCUGACAGAGAUGUUGAUAGAAUCCAUGGAAACGGCAUCAACACCAUUGACAUUGAAGCAGUAGAGGGCAGAUACAUGUUGUCUGGCGGCGCAGAUGGUGUGAUUGUCAUCUAUGACCUGGAGAACUACAGUAGGAAGCUACAGUACACCUGCAAGGCAGUUUGCACUGUAGGCAGGUCGAGUCGGUAUGUCCACAAAUUCAGCGUAGAGACAGUCCAGUGGUAUCCUUAUGACACGGGCAUGUUUGUCUCGAGUUCCUUUGACAAGACCAUGAAGGUCUGGGACACUGAGACACUGAAGCCUGCCGAAGUCUUUGCGUUUGAGGGCAAUGUCUACAGCCACCACCUCUCCCCCAUCGCCAGGAAGCACAGUCUCAUUGCAGUUGGCACCACAGACCCUAAAAUCCAGCUGUGUGACCUGAAGUCUGGUUCACGGAUUCAUGUUCUUCAGGGCCACAGAGCAGAGAUCCUGUCCGUGCGGUGGUCGCCCCGAUACGAUCACAUCUUAGCCACUGCCAGUGCAGACAGCAAAGUGAAAGUAUGGGAUGUGCGUCGGGCUUCUGGUAGCCUCUUCACUCUGGACCAACACAAUGGAGACAAAUCAAAAGCAUCCUCUGAGGCAGUGAACACGGCGCAUAAUGGCAGAGUGAAUGGCCUGUGCUUCACUGGCGAUGGCCUCUACCUCCUCACCACUGGAACUGAUGACCGUAUGCGACUAUGGAAUAGUGCAACUGGGGAAAACACCCUGGUAAAUUACGGGAAGGUCUGCAACGAGAGCCGUAAAAGGCUUCAGUUUACAGUUUCCCGUGGUUGCAGCCCAGAGUUUGUGUUUGUGCCCUGCGGCAGCUCGGUGGCUGUGUAUGCCCUCCACACAGGAGAGCUGGUCACCAUGCUCAGAGGGCACUACAACAACGUGGACUGCUGCGAGUUUCACCCAGACUACCAGGAGCUCUAUACUGGAGGUAAAGACUGUAACAUCCUGGCGUGGGUUCCUGCCCCUCGUGCCCCAGAUGUGGAAGAAGAGUCAACAACUGCAAAUCAGGCUGCUGCUGACCAGUCCUCAGUGAACCCGGCCUUUCAGGAUGCAUGGAGUAGUGAUGAAGACUGAUGCUGUUUUUCUUCGUGUGGACAUGCAAAGUGUCUGUGUGAAGCUGACAAUUGAGCGGCCCGACCAAGCAAGGAGACAGAGGCAGAACGUCCAAAAUACAACCCGAUGUGGGCAUUCAUUACAUCAUGAACACAUGACACACAGCCUCAAUCCUGCUGUUUCUCCCUGAACACAGCCUGCAGCCACAAGGAUCUCACACACACUCCCUCUCCCUUAACAGACAGGGAAACAGAGCCUAAAUACACACACUAAUCAGCAAUUAGACACAGGUGGGGGGGGGGAGACAACACAGGGCACCAGGUGCACACAAUCAACAGCCACAGACAUGGGGAAGGGGAACACUUUUAACAUAAAACCAGCAAACAGAGACAGAUGCACACACUACAUACAUUUCACCACCAACAAAGCUACACAAUCCGUAACGGAGGCCGAGAUCUAUGGCCCCAGAGAUCACCUCCGUUACAGUCUGACUAUGGAAAUGUGCACACAUCUUGAAGAUGAUCCUCUGGGGAUAAAUGUGAAGAUAAUAACGACUUUGGGAAAAUAUCUCUUGUUUCAUCAUUGCAGGCAUAGAUAAAGAUGGUAAAUUGGAAUGUGUAAAUAAUGGUAUACUAUUAUAAAGAUGCACAAAUGGUUUUUUUUCUACAUUUGAUAUGUGAUUAUUUAAAAAAUUAUGAUUUUUUUUAUUUGGAUGUAAAACUGACAUGGUCCUUAGCAUGCAUAUUAAGUCUUACAUCUUGCCAUAGUCCUGUCACCAAGUUCCAAGCCAAUUUUGUAUUUUGAAUUAUUCAUAGUAGUAAUUGGGGGAAUAUCUGCAAUUUUUUUCGGCAAAUAAGAAUAUAUUUAUUGUUAGGUUUCGAGUAGGGAUGCUAUUUGAUCUACCUCUGGAACUAUGUAAACUAGUUAUAAAUAUGUUUAUUCUUUA